GUACUAGAACGCAUGUUUCUGUGCCCACACCAAGCUUUGGUUUGAACGCGUUCAGCUUUAACCGAGGAAAUUGGUACCUUUUGUAAUUCCGUCCUCAGAGCUUGGUGGAGUGAGAAAGGAACCUGCUGGCUGCCUGUGUGUGCUGAGAGUGAGCCCAGACAUCAAUGUUAUUUACAGGUGAUUUUUCCAGAGUGAAAUGUCUAUUUUCCCUAAAAUAUUGUUAAAAAGUGAAGUUGAAGCUUAUCUGUGGAGUGUUUACAACAAUAAAGAGCUUGUGACUGCAUUGGGUGCUGUACAAGCAGAAAAAAGGUUUGAAAGUCUACAGAGUCAUCUGGCCCAUCCUCCUUCCUUCACAACUGUUCGCGUAAAUACUCUUGUUGCCUCAGUAGAAAGCGUGAAACGGCUUCUAAAUGAAGAAAUACUUAAGCAAAUCCCUGAUGUUAACUUCCCAAUUUUAGAGCACCCUCAGCUUCAUGACCUCUUGUUAAUUCCGGUCAUUGGCCCAAGGAGGAAGCUGAAACAACAUUCUGUUGAAGUUAUAGUUGGAGCCCAAUGUGCAAAUGCUGUUCUUAGAGGAGCCCAUGUUUACUCUGCUGGGAUUUUGUCUGCAUCCAAAUGGAUGAAAUCUGACAAUGAGGUAUCUGUGUACUCUGAUAUUGAAGGAAAAUGUAAAAGAGGCGCCAAAGAGUUUCUUGGAACAAAGAUUUUUAUUGGUAAUGGAAUCUCCGAAUUGAGUCGAAAAGAAAUCUUCUGUUCAAACGUCCCUAUAAAGGGAAAAGGCAUCCGAAUGACUGAACCUGUAUACCUGAGCCCAUCAUUUGAUCGCAUACUUCCAGGUUCUAUAUUUCUGCAGAAUUUACCUUCUGCUGUUGUGAGUUAUGUCCUGAGUCCACAGCCAGGAGAACGCAUUUUAGAUAUGUGUGCUGCUCCGGGUGGAAAGACGACGCACAUUGCUUCCCUCAUGAAUGACCAGGGAGAAGUCAUAGCUAUAGAUAAGAUUGCUAACAAAGUUGAAAAAAUUAAAAGCAACGCUUCUCUUCUAAAAAUGAGUUGUAUAAAAGCGUUCCACUUUGACAGCACCAAGGCUGUAGCAACUGAAGAACGUGUGACUGGUGAAGGAGAUGGACCUCCAUUCUUGGCAGAGUCUUUUGAUCGAAUUCUUUUAGAUGCCCCUUGUAGCGGAAUGGGGCAAAGACCAAAUAUGAUUUGCAAUUUCUCUUUGAAAGAACUGACCUCCUAUCAGCCGCUGCAGCGCAAACUAUUCACAGUGGCUGUUGAACUAUUAAAGAGUGGCGGUGUUCUAGUUUAUAGCACAUGCACUGUAACUUUGUCUGAAAACGAAGAGCAGGUAGCUUGGGCUCUGCAAGCAUUCCCGUGCCUUCAACUUCAAUCCCAGGAUCCCCAUAUUGGUGGUGCGGGGAUGAUGGGUGCUGGAUUGUCACCUGACCAACUUCAGCUGCUGCAAAGGUUUGACCCAUCGUCAGUGGAUUUGCCUGAUGCUGAAUUAGAUAUUGUGACUUCAAAGGAUGAAGACCUGGUUGUUUUAGCAAACAAGGACACCAUAGGCUUUUUUAUUGCAAAAUUUAUCAAAAAAUAAAUAACUCAAAAACUUUUUAAAGAUUAUUUUAGUGAAAAUCUACUUUGCAAAAGAAGAGACACAGUAUUCAGGUUGUGAAUUUAUUACGGCUACACCAUUACCAUGACAAGAAAGAAAUGUCUGCGUUCCCAUAGUAGCAGACUGUCUGCAAGCUGUUCAGCUACUGUGAAUAAAGGACAAAAUCAAUGUUAGUGGGUGUUAAGCCUACAUUCACAGUGUACAAGAUUACACCUGAAUCACACCAUGAUUGGUCCAAAGUGGGAUCAUAUUUUUAGUACGCGAUUCAACUAUUCUAAUAGAGUGGUGAACAGAGCUACUGCAUACUACCACAUAGACAACUAAUAGAGUAGUGAACAGAGCUUCUGCAUACCACCACAUAGAGGGCCAACAGAGUGGUGAACAGAGCUACUGCAUACUGCCACAUAGACAACUAAUAGAGUGGCGAACAGAGCUACUGCAUACUGCCACAUAGACAACUAAUAGAGUGGUGAACAGAACUACUGCAUACUGACACAUAGACAACUAAUAGAGUGGUGAACAGAACUACUGCAUACUACCACAUAGACAACUAAUAGAGUGGUGAACAGAGCUACUGCAUACUGACACAUAGACAACUAAUAGAGUGGUGAACAGAGCUACUGCAUACUGACACAUAGACAACUAAUAGAGUGGUGAACAGAGCUACUGCAUACUGCCACAUAGACAACUAAUAGAGUGGUGCUCUUUUAAAGGUAGAUUGCUACUAGGUAUCAAAGGGUAGCUUAAUACAAUCACUAACCCUUUUGAACUGGUGCCAUCUUCUGUUUCCUUUCCUCCGGUGCAAAAUAACUCCUAAGUGAUGCUCCGCUCCACCACAUAAGCGUAUAAUCCAAAACAGAAGAAUGUGGACCUUCUAUUUUGAAUUACACAAUAAUGACACCCCUCCGCACUGGUGGACAUAUCGAGGUGCGGACAUGUUUGGAGUUGUGGCAUGCUUGUGGUACCUAGCAAAUCCAUAUUGUUUCCUUUUAUCCAUUCAUUGCAUUAUCCUCUUGGAUUCACUAUGGAGCCCCUCUUCUCUUAUUUGGGAGAGUACCCAUUUCAGAAUUGCCCUGAUUUCUAGAUAUUUAUAUUAUUUUAUUGGUGUUCUCUCUUUGCUUUCUUUCGUGAAUGGCUUUAUUUUAUUUAUUUAUUUGACUCCUCUGUAGUGGGUUAUUGCUUUGAUUGAUUUGCUGACCUGUUGGCCUGAUGGAUAAACUUAUAUGAUGUGCUAUACCUCCUUUUUAUUUAAAAAAAAAAAAGUUAUCUUGCGCCUCCUAAAUUGUUCUCUAUUUAUCUACUGAUAAUGUUAGACACCCCAUUUAUUACAGAGAUGGCUGUAUUUAUUAUUAUUCCAAUGGGACACCAAAUUAGCCUUGUUAGAGUGCAAUAGUCCAGCAACGUAGACUACAAAUUACACCUAUUGUUCCUGGAGAAUCUCGUUGACAUUGCAUUUUUUAUCUUAUCUGAUCUUUUACUUUAAUGCAGUGCAUUAAGAUUAUAAAUACAUGUGCAAAGCAGAUCUGAGUAAAUCACAAAUAAAGAACCACAAACCAUAGUCAAAAUCCCUUUGUGUCACUAUACCCCACUCCCUCUAGAAUGUAAGCUCAUUGAGCAGGGCCCUCCUUCUCUGUUCCUGUACGUCCAAUUGUCUGGUUAAAAUUACAUGUCUGUUAGUGCAUCCAUUGUACAGCGCUACGGAAUGUGAUGGUGCUAUAUAAAUAAUAAAAUAAUAAUAAUUGAAUGCAGGUUUAAUUAAAGAGAGGGCAAGAACUGUAUGCAUCAAAUAAUACUCUAAAUCUGAUCGCUUCACUGAGGACUUUUAGAUGGUUUGAAUUGUUGUUUUGCUGCAAUACAGUUUUAGGAGAUUUGUUUUGUGUAAGAUGAAAAAAAUAAAAACAUAUAGCAUUGAUAGCAAAAUGUUUUGUAACCCAGAAAAAAAAUUAUGUGCAGUGGCCACAAAUAGGAACAAGACGCACGAAAAAAAACAAGAACAUUCUGUUAUGGUUUUAGAUUGUAAUUUAUAGUUAAUUAUCUAGACUAGAUUAUUAGAGGUUCUUUGUCCACCUCCAGUUAUGAAAAACCACUCUUGUUUUUAUCUUUUCUAUUACUGACAUUUUAAGAGGCAAGCUAAUUCUGGAAUAAAUUCUCUAUUUAGCUCAAAAAUGGUACUUGUGAGCAACUUCAGCUUGUGUUUAUCUUUCAGUAGAUAAGAAGAUAAAAACGGACUUCCUCUAAAACAUUUAUUUAUAGAAGUUUCAGCUGAUAUGUCAAGUGCUCUUAAAUCUCCAGAAGCAACUGGGAAUUUGAGUUGUUUUGUUGUAAUUUUAGAACCUUCAUCAAUUACGUUUCAACUUUAAUUAGGUAUUUUAGUUCCUCUUUCUAGAUAGUUAUUAUUAGCUGUUCAUAACCUGUCUUAUAAUCGCUGUCUUGCUAGCUGCGUUCACAUACAUGGACUGUAUUCCAUUUCAACUUUAUAGAUGAACAUAUAAUAAACACAGUAAUAAACCAGGUAUUUAUAUCUCAAUCACCAACCUGCA